AUGUCACUCUUAGACGACACUCCAGAAGAGCAAGAAUAUGUAGAAGAUGAGUUCAGAGGAACGGGAAUUGAUGUGAAAUUCAACGAAAAAGUGGACGAAUUCCCGUUUGAUACGCAUCAAAUCCCAAUUUCUCAGUACGGAGGGUACGCUGACGAUGAAAUCUCUCCGGUCGCAGUCCAUCAGUGCAAUGUGUGCAACAAAAUCUUCAUGAGCUAUAAAGGUCUCCAGCAGCACGCCGUCAUUCACACCGACCAGAAGCCGUACAUUUGCGACGUCUGCGGUCGUGGCUUUCGGUUCAAGUCGAACAUGUUCGAGCAUCGUACCGUGCACACCGGCUAUACUCCACAUUUGUGUCCUUUCUGCGGCAAACAGUUUCGUCUGAAAGGCAACAUGAAGAAGCAUAUGCGUGUGCACGUGACGAACAAAGAGGAGCUGGAGGCCGCCUACCGGCCCUACUCGAGGUUUGCACCCAAAAUGCGGUAUUCCGGGGCAACAAUGCUCAUCUCAAACUACCAACUCUUUCAGUAAUCGCCGUCAAUCACUGAUUCCCGAAAAUGCGCUCGUGAUCCGCGGAUCUCCUGUUCCGAUGUACACGCAGGAUAGGCGUCGCGGCGCUCCGAAGCUCGCACUGGGCAAAGAUCCGUCGAAAUGGGUGACUAUGAUCUGCCAGAACGAGCUGCUCCCGUCGUCGCCGUUCGGCGAGAAGUUGGCGAGAGCGAAUAUGCGAAUCGACGGCGAUUACACUUACGCGACGAUGGUCGAGUGUAUGAAGGGACUCGAUUUUGAAAUGUAUAAGCGAAUCGAAUUAAAGUUUGAAGCUUAUUUUUCAGUUACUAUUGUCCGUAUUGCAAGUGCGAAUGUUCCGGAAAAGAAGAGUGCGAGAUUCACAUUUACGAAGUGCACGGAAAGAAAGCGGAAGACAUGGAGAACCAGACGAAUUACUGUGCGGUGAGUUAAAUUUUUUCACCUAAUUUUUAAAUUUGAUCACUUCAGAAGUGCAUGCGCCUCUUCACCAGCGACAGCAUGUACAUGCAGCAUCAGAGCUACCAUUCUCGUGUUCAGCUCAUGCUCCGAAAUCAUGAAAUUGAGCUUGUAAGCUCUCUUUUUCGAAAAUGUAGCAAACUUUUAUUCAGAAUUCGCCGGAAAUAGACGUUUCUGAAGUGUGCUACAAUUUGCUCAGUAAUCAGACACAACCGAGCGUGGAAACCGUCCCUGACAAUUCGAAAUUGCCCGAAUUCGCCGUCACCACCGAAGGAUCGAAGACGCUGACGACGUUGAAGUCGGUCUUCAGUGCAACUUCUGUGGAUUCUACUUUCAGCGAUCCUGGAGGUAAUUUUCGAGUUUGCAACAGGAAGAAAUAACGUGAUUUGCAGAGAUUACGCUCGGAUCCACCGAAGAUGAGCUGAGGAGCGACAUAACUGGGAACGGUGCGGCACCUAAACGGUUCUGGAAUAACUGAAAAGUUUUCAGAUUAUCACAACGUCGUUUUGCGUCACGAAGUGAUAGAGCAGAACGAAUGA